AUGGGGGACAAAUCAAGCCGCAAAUAUCCAGAUUGUACACCAACAUGCUUCAAUUUUUUGAGAAAAAUCAUACCUUUAAUCCUGAAAAACAAGAACACCGACCGCCUUCCAUUAGAGAUCGAAUCUAACAUUCUCCAAAGGAUUCCGGCUGAACCCCUGCUCGGUCUACAGUCCGUUUGUAAGCGUUGGCGUGAUGAAAUUAAUAACCCUUAUUUCAUAAAAUCCCACACUGGUAAAUUUAAUGCGAAUUCCAUGUCACUCAUCCUCUUUGGUUACGGGGAAUUACAAUGUAACCUAUAUUCCUUAAACUAUCACAACUCUACUUUAGAGUUUAAGAAACUAGCUGGACAUGAUUCUAACGUUGUUGGUGGUUGUUGCAAUGGUUUGGUUUGUUUCCGGAAAUUUGUUGAUCAUAGGAGUACUGUUAGAUUUUCGCUACACAACCCUAUAACGGGUACAAUCAUGAACAACAUACCUCACUUGGUUGUACCAAACUACCAAAACUACCAUGAAGAGUUGGUUGUGUUUGGUUAUGAUUGCAUUAACGACGAUUAUAAGAUUUUUUAUUCAGUUCAACACAACAACAAUGACGACAACAAUAAUGAAGACAAUGAUAAUAAUAGGGAUACUACUUGGUUGUACAGUUUGAAGAGAAAUUCAUGGAAAAGCAUAAAACCUCUUCCACGUGGAUAUAGUUGCGGUAUUUCUAAUAAUAUGUCGUCGUAUUGGUUAAUCCGAAAACCCGACUAUACAUACCACGGUGUAUCCGGGUUUGAUUUCGAGAGUGAAGAGUAUCAUGAUGUGAUACCAAUGCCUGAUGAUGACGACCAAGGUGGGUACAUAUUGUACAAGUUAGUUGAUUUAAGGGGUUGUUUGCAUUUAGUAAAGUAUACGUUGGAAUGUACAAUGGACGUAUGGGUUUUGAAGAAGAAUCGAUCAUGGGUUAAAUUGAUUCAUCGUCUUUCACUCAAACAAGCUUUAGAAAGUGAUGAACUGGUACCAAAUCGUUUUCUUGGCUCGAUAAGCGUGAUUGUAUACUGCCCGCCAUUGCCGUAUGCUUAUUCGGAGGAUGGAUCGGAAAUCCUAAUUGGGCUAGGUCAAUAUAUUAUGGCUUUUGUUCGUUAUGAUCUACGUACUGGGGAGUUAAAACCGGUCGUAAUGAGUGGUGAACCACCACACGAUUGGGUCCGGGUCAAAAAUGCACUUCGAGGGAUGCCAUGGACUGGUUCCCUUGUUUCCAUCUCAAACUCGAGUUCUUAA